UUUAGAAAAUGUCACUGGAACUAAGAGUCGAGCUACGCAAUGUGGAAUCGGAGAUCGAGCGUUUAUCGAACGAAUUUGAUCCUUGGGAAGAAAAGGAUUUUGUUUAUAAUCAUGACACUUGGCAUUGGGAGAUGUUGAAGCAAAAGGAAGCAGCCCAAAGUUGCAUUUUGAGACUGAGGCAAACGUUUGAUGAAAUGAAUGGCAUGUAUGUUGAAAAUGUUGCACUGUUGAGCAAUGCCAGAGAGCUUGCAAGGAACAAAGAUAUUGCCUCACUAAGGCAACUAUCACAUCACCAGGUUGAAGAAUUCAUGUCGGAGUGGAAUCAUCCUUAUGUUAAAUCUUUCAGAUUUAAUUACGAGUUUAAUAUCUUAAAUUCACUACUUAAACGCAGAUUAAGCCAAGAUGAACGGAUUGAAUUCCAAGACGAUGAUCGAGAAACACUUUGA